UUCCAUAUUCAUAGUCCUUCCUUCUCUCACUGCUCCCUCCCUUCCUCUUCCCUUCCUCCUUUCUUCCCUCUCUCCUGGGAACUGGUUGAACCAGAGUACAACCUGCUCAUCUGCCUCAGACGGAGCAGCUGCGGGAGCUGAGACGCGCUGAGCUGCGAGCAGUGCAGCCGAGCCACGGCCUAGGGGGCUAGGCUGGCGCGCUGCGCUGCGGGGCGCUGCUGAGGGCGAGCAUUGGACCGGCCGCCUCCCCGAGGCCCAUGCGGGGGCAAUACAGUCCGCGGCUCGCUCAUGAGGCCACCGCGAUGCGGGGGGAGGACCCAAGGCAUCCCGCUGGGGCUGCUCGCCUUCUGGGUGGCUGCCGCCCGCUGUCUGCAGAGUCAGGGUGUGUCACUGUACAUCCCACAGUCAGUCAUCAACGCCACCGUCCAAGAAGACAUCCUGCUGUCAGUGGACUACAUCUGCCACGGCGUGCCCACGAUUGAGUGGAAGUACACACCUAACUGGGGUGUGCAGAAGAUCGUGGAGUGGAAACCAGGGACCCCAGCCAAUGUCUCCCAAAGCCACAGAGACAGAGUCUGCACCUUUGACAAUGGCUCCAUACGGCUUUUCAGUGUGGGUGUGAGGGAUUCUGGCUACUACAUCAUCACUGUCACAGAGCACCUGGGCAGCAGCCAGUCUGGCACCAUCUUGCUGCACGUGUCAGAGAUCCGCUAUGAAGACCUCCACUUCGUUGCUGUCUUCUUCGCUCUGCUUGCUGCUGUAGCUGUGGUAUUGAUCAGUCUCAUGUGGGUCUGCAACCAGUGUGCGUACAAAUUCCACAGGGACAGGAGGUACAAACUCAAAGAAAGCACCACUGAGGAGAUUGAGCUGAAAGAUGUUGAGUGUUAGCCAAGACUGUGCCCAAUUACAUUGCUACCUCAAGAGAACAACAGUAUUUUCGAGUCCAAGGAACAAACCGAGCCAAUCCCUGCUGCAGCAUCCACACCCCUUUCCUGAUGAGACAGCUGGAAGAGAAGAAAGCUGACUGGGAUCUGGAGGUGACGGCUUGCUUAUAGAAGCAAGUUCUAGGGCUUACCUGUAGCUCACAGAUACGUCUGAGGCUUCCGACCAGGAACUCUUCCUUGGUUGCAGGUUCAGGGCCAUGCUGACCCUUAACACAGGCAGGUACCCGCUACCACUCUAAAUGCAGGCUGCAGCCCCACAGCGCUCUGCUGAAGAGUUCCUGUCUCCAGAGCCAGCGAUCUGCAGAGGGGCUGACAUGCAGCUAGGACUGGAGCACGUGUUCUGCUCCUUUGUGCUCCUGUCUGAUGUGCAAACUGUGGCACCCCCAUCCUCCUCCUCCCCAUUCUACAUCCCAUACAUGAGCAAGCCUGAGGCUCUGAGGAGGUGGAGUGAACUGUACCUCAUGGGGAGCAGCCGAGUGCCCGAGGGAACCAGCUUGGGGCACAGAGAGCAGAAGACAUCCAUCGUCCAUCUCACCCUCCCUCAUACGAAGUAGCCUGAAAUUGCGUUACUACAGAUGAUGUGGCUUACGCUGACCAGGGGUAGUGCAACAGGAAACUCUGCAAGGCGUCAUCCAGCUUCAUCCUUCAAGUCCCAGUCAGAUCCCGGGCAGGGGAGAUGCGGUAUUCACCUACCUCAUAUGGCAUCAGGGGAAGCCAGUAUUAGCCUAGAUCUCUCAGAGGAAUUGAGAAAAGCACACGAGAUGGCUCAGCCCUUAAAGACUAGGCUCACAACCAAAAAUGGGAGAGAAGCAUGCGAGUCAUUGAAGGAAAGUAGAGAAAGUGCAGUAUCACAUAACGAAGGUUAAAAUGCCUUGGGGUGGGGCUAGAGAGAGGUUCAGUACCUAGGAGCCCUUGCUGUUCUUACAGAAGACCCUGAUUCAAUUCCAUGCAGCAACAUGGUAGCGCAUAACCUUCUCUAACUCCAGUUCCCUCUUCUGGCCCCCAUGGGUACUGCAUGCACACAGUGCACACAUAUAUGUGAAGGCAAAGCAUUCACACACGUGAAAUAAAAUUUUAAAAUUAAAUCUAA